AUGAUCAUUUUACAAAUUUAUAUGCAUUUACUUAAAUUAUCAUCAUUAUUAUUAAUCUUCAUUUUAUUAGUAUCUUCUACGAAUUUAUCUUAUCCAAUAAAUUCUGUUAAAAAUUUAUUACCUAGACAAAAUAUUAUUUCACCAGAAGAUCAUUUAAUUGAAAUUAUUUCUAAUCAUUCGAUAAAUUAUGGUUGUGAUUUUAAUCAAUUACAAUUUUGUUCAUAUGAACAUUCAUCUGAUUGGAGUUUUCAAUUAAGUUUAACAGAAUUUGCUUUAAAAAUGAAAGAGGCAGCUGAAACAGCUGUUAAAGUGGUUGAAAAUUUUCAAGAAAAAUUGUCACAAAACAAUAAUACCAGUAAUACUACAAAAAACCAGGCUAAACUAUCAUCAAAUCAAUAUAUGGAAUUCCCAUCUGUUAUUAUUCCAACAGUGAAUUAUUUCCCAUGUUCCACUAAUCAUAAUCAAUAUUCCUAUAUGAAAUUACCAAUUCAUUGGCCAACAUAUUAUAUAACACCUAAACCAAUUGCACCAUUAGAUGUUACAGCAUCUAAUUCAAAUCAGUCGUCAUUUUCAUCAUCAAAUAUAAGAAGACCAAAACGAUCUAAUAUUUUACAUCAAAUCAAACAAUUCAAUCAAUCUAUUACCAGCACAAAACAAUUAUAUAGAUUUUCUAAAUUAUAUCCAAUAGCUUGUUUACAAUUAAAAAUCAAAUUUCUAUCAAAUCAUAAUAAUCUAUUAGGUAGUCAAGUUGUUCUAAGUUUGGGUUCAAAUAAACAAAUCAUUCGAAAUGUAUUUAAUAUUGAAGAAUCGUAUACAAAUGCAUAUCAUGAAAAUUACAAUGAUGAUGAUGGUGAUGAUGAUGAUGAUCUUAGACAAAAUGCUGAAACAUCAUCAUCAUCAUAUCAUUCAUCUACUCUAUCUAAAUUAGAUUGGUCAAUAUUACGUCAAGAAAUAUCUGAUUUAGAAAAUAAUACAUUACCAUAUCAUGUAUGGAUUAAUGUUUCCAUGCCUAUCUAUCCUACUAUUACUACUACUACUACGACUACUACUACUACUACUAUCACUAAUACUCAUCUUAAUACACCGUCUAAUCAAACUAAUCAAUAUGAACAUCAUUCAAACUUUCAUGAUACCCUUUUAGAACAAUCAGAUCAUUGGAUUGCUAUUAAUUCUAUACAAUUAUUAUCUAUAUUGAGUACAACUAAUGUAUGUAUUGAUGAUAUCUUAUUAUAUACACAUCAGAAUAGACAAGUAUUAAAAUCAAUAUGCCAGAAUAAAUUAUUAUGGUUUAAUAAUAAUAAUAAUAAUAAUAAUAAUAAUAAUAAUAAUAAUAAUAAUAAUAAUAAUAAACAAUCAAAUCAUUCUUCUAUACAAAUUCUCUAUGUGAAUUCAUAUGGUUAUCCAAUAUUACUACCAUUAAUUAAUAGAUCUAGUUCAUCAUUAAGUCAAUCCAAUCAUGAUCAUGAUUCUGAUCAUAGAAAUAGUUAUAUACUACAAUCAUUUAAAUCUAAUUAUUCUAAAAAAUAUUCUAUAUAUAAUAAUUUAAAUAUGAUAUGGAUAGCUGGUUCAUUAUUAUUAGCUGUAUUUAUUACAUUUUUAACUAUUUUAUUUAUUAUUACAUUUAGUCUAUCAAUAAUGUGUAAUCAACGAAAAAAAAUUGUUAAUCAACAUUUAAGUAAUAUUACUUUAACUACUGAAAAUAAUAUAAGUAGUCGAAAUGAUAAAUGUAAAAAUAAUAAUAAUAAUAAUAUAGGAUUAUUAUUAUAUGAACCAUAUAAUCGUCGAAAAUUAUAUUUAAAUCAUAAUAAUAAUAAUAAUGAUAAUAAUAAUAAUGAAUUAUUAAGAAUUUUACCAAAUAAUUCAUUUUUGAAAGAUUUACAUAAUCAUUUAUCUUCUUCAUCAUCAUCAUUAAUGCAUGGUUUAUUACAUAAUCAAAAUGAAGGACAACAAAGAAAUAAUUCACAACAGGUUAUUACAUCAACAAAUCAACAAUUUAUAGAUGAUAAUUCAACUGAACUUAGUUUAUGUAUGCAAGAUGAUAAAAAUGAUUUUCUUCAUUCAAUGGAUAGAAAGAAUGUUGAUAAUUCUGAUGUAUCUACAACAAGUGCUAUACAAUUAUUACGUAAUUGGAAAUUUUAUAAACAACGUAGUACACCAUCAUUCUAUGAUUAUUAUUAUCCAUCAUCUAAUUGUUUAUCUCAUUAUGGUAUAAAACAAAAUCCUUCAAAUACAUCAAUAGAUCAUCAUUAUCAUCAUCCCUUAUUGAGAAAAGGUUAUACUCAUUCUAAUAUGGUUGCUAAUAAUCCUAGAAAUGAUUUAUCUCAAUUAGAAAUACGUCAAUCAUUGAUUUUAUCAAUUAAUGAUAAUCAUGAAUUAAUUAUAUUACCAUCAUCUACUUCAAUAAAACAACAACAUGAACAAAAUACAAUUUUAUCAUCAACUAUGAAUAAUAUUAAUACUAAUACAUUAGGUAUAUUAAAUAGUUUAUCAGAAGAAGAUGCUGAAGCAACACGUAUAGAAAUGGCAGCUUCUGUUGAUGCAUUAGAUGAACAAUAUUUACAACAUAAUCAUAAUAAUCAUAAUAAUAAUGAUACAUUAGAUGGUAUUCAUGAUCAUUUAAAUGAUAGUUUAUCAAUUAUACCACAAUCAUCAUUUAUUAUUAAUAAUAAUGAAAGACCACCACCAAGUUAUCAUGAUUCAUCACCUUAGUAACUAAUUUUUAAAAAAAAAUCAUUUAUUUAACAGUUUUAGCUUAUUGUUCCUUUUUCUUCUUUUUUUGAAUUUAAGAAAUUGAACUCCCUAAUAAUCACACUCCUGUUUUUUUUGAGGGGGGGGAGUAGUUGGGUGGGCGGGUGGGUUGUUUUUUUUUUU